UUCUGCAGCAGUACAUGCAACUUUUGCUUGGAGGAAAAUAAACAAUACAAAACAUGUCUAAAAUAGAGUUGUUGAGAGAGUUUCUCAAGCAGAAAUUAACAGCGGCUGCUGAGGAGAUAUUUGGGGUAGUUGAAAAAACGAUAGCAGAGUACCAGGUAGACGUUUUCCGUACGAAAGAGGAGAACGAACGUCUUCGUGGGCUGUUGAUGUUGCAUAGAGGAGAGUCAGACUGCCAGCAGCAGGCUGAAGCUACUAUCACUUUGGUGCAGGUUGCCCCUGAGCAGCAGUCAUGUACUCAAGACUGGAGCCUCCGUCUAGGACAGGAGGACCCAGAGCCCACAGUGUCACAGUGUAAAGGGGAAGAGGAUACCCACUGGAUCAAGGUUGAAGAGCACAUUCAAAGGCUGGAGUCUGAUUCCAAAGAAGAUCCAGACCAAGUAUCCACUCCUGAAGAUUUCACAUUCCAAAUGGAGGCAGAAGGGUCUGCAGAUCAAGCCAUCAAACUGAAAGUCAUCAUCAACGACAAUAGAAUAGAGAAAGUGGUUCUGCCCUCUCAACCUGAUUCACUGAAUGAGCUGAUAUCAACGCUGAAGGAGAAACUACAUCUGAAGUUUGAUUUCUGUCUUCUUUAUGAAGACCCUGAUUUCAACAAUGAGCUCUUCAACUUAGAGACCAUUGAAGACUUGCCUUCUCCUAGGGCUACGGUGAAAGUUUUGCCAAUACGACGUGAUACAGACCUCGGUUUAGCUGGACUCUCAGCCACCGAGUUACAGGACGCCCCACCAGAGCGGCUAGGCAGGUGGCCUGAGGUAUUUGUCAUACCCACUUUCUCGAUGGAGGUUGAGUUUGCUCUGAGAGAGGGCAAUUGCGCAUAUCUGAGACAUGAAACGGUGCUGAAAAUAACAAAGGGUCAAAAACACAACAUUCUUGAUAGGAUGGCAUGGACCAUCUUCAAUUCCAAAGCUUACCCAAGUGACAGGCAGUUUGCCAAGGCAGCUGAGGCCCUUGUAACCAAGCACCCAUGUUUGAAAGAGCCCGGCUCAAGAACAGGCUGUGAUGGCUGGAAGAAUAGCCUGAAAUUCAAAAUGGGAAACUACAGGCAAAAGUUACGCCGUGUUGGGUUCCCAGAGGUUGCUGUGAACGGGGUUAGGAGUAGCAAGCAUCAUCCUGACAACGAGCACGCUCGGAGCAACAUUAAACGAGCACGCCGGGCAGAGGUGAACUUCCUGCCCAACUUCCCUCAAGGAGAAGACGAGGCCAGCCUGGAGAAACAGAGACUGGAGAUGGUCCACGAAAUUACGAAAGAAAACAGAGACCUGCCACUGUGGGACCCAGAGCCCACAGUAUCACAUUGUAAAGAGGAAGAGGAUACCCACUGGAUCAGUGAGGUUGAAGAGCACAUUCAAAGGCUGGAGUCUGAUCCCAAAGAUCCAGACCAAGUAUCCACUUCUGAAGAGUCAGACUGCCAGCAGCAGGCUGAAGCUACUAUCACUUUGGUGCAGGUUGCCCCUGAGCAGCAGUCAUGUACUCAAGACUGGAGCCUCCGUCUAGGACAGGAGGACCCAGAGCCCACAGUGUCACAGUGUAAAGGGGAAGAGGAUACCCACUGGAUCAAGGUUGAAGAGCACAUUCAAAGGCUGGAGUCUGAUUCCAAAGAAGAUCCAGACCAAGUAUCCACUCCUGAAGAUUUCACAUUCCAAAUGGAGGCAGAAGGGUCUGCAGAUCAAGCCAUCAAACUGAAAGUCAUCAUCAACGACAAUAGAAUAGAGAAAGUGGUUCUGCCCUCUCAACCUGAUUCACUGAAUGAGCUGAUAUCAACGCUGAAGGAGAAACUACAUCUGAAGUUUGAUUUCUGUCUUCUUUAUGAAGACCCUGAUUUCAACAAUGAGCUCUUCAACUUAGAGACCAUUGAAGACUUGCCUUCUCCUAGGGCUACGGUGAAAGUUUUGCCAAUACGACGUGAUACAGACCUCGGUUUAGCUGGACUCUCAGCCACCGAGUUACAGGACGCCCCACCAGAGCGGCUAGAUUUCACAUUCCAAAUGGAGACUGCAGAUCAAGCCAUCAAACUGAAAGUCAUCAUCAGUGACAACAGAAUAGAGAGAGUGGUUCUGCCCUCUCAACCUGACUCACUGAAUGAGCUGAUAUCAACACUCAAGGAGAAACUACAUCUGAAGUUUGAUUUCUGUCUUCUUUAUGAAGACCCUGAUUUCAACAAUGAGCUCUUCAACUUAGAGACCAUUGAAGACUUGCCUUCUCCUAGGGCUACGGUGACAGUUUUGCCAAUACGACGUGAUACAGACCUCGGUUUAGCUGGACUCUCAGCCACCGAGUUACAGGACGCCCCACCAGAGCGGCUAGGUAGGUGGCCUGAGGUAUUUGUCAUACCCACUUUCUCGAUGGAGGUUGAGUUUGCUCUGAGAGAGGGCAAUUGCGCAUAUCUGAGACAUGAAACGGUGCUGAAAAUAACAAGGGAUCAAAAACACAACAUUCUUGAUAGGAUGGCAUGGACCAUCUUCAAUUUCAAAGCUUACCCAAGUGACAGGCAGUUUGCCAAGGCAGCUGAGGCCCUUGUAACCAAGCACCCAUGUUUGAAAGAGCCCGGCUCAAGAACAGGCUGUGAUGGCUGGAAGAAUAGCCUGAAAUUCAAAAUGGGAAACUACAGGCAGAAGUUACGCCGUGUUGGGUUCCCAGAGGUUACUGUGAAUGGGGGGAGGAGGAGCAAGCAUCGUCCUGACAAUGAGCACGCUCGGAGCAACAUUAAACGAGCUCGCCGGGCAGAGGUGAACUUCCUGCCCAACUUCCCUCAAGGAGAAGACGAGGCCAGCCUGGAGAAACAGAGACUGGAGAUGGUCCACGAAAUUACGAAAGAAAACAGAGACCUGCCACUCAUCAAUCAACACAUGCAGAAGACAUUUGCUCUCCGACGCCAAGAAAUCGUGAAAUCCAGUCCCCCAGUAGAGCAUCUCAGAACACGCUGGCCAGCACUCUUCCUCGAAGCCCAGGUACAUGCUGAGUUUCAGAGAAUCACCAACCAGAGCCUGCAGCAGACGUUCUACGCUGCCUUGGACCACCACACGCCCCGCCUGCUGACCCUGUUCAGGGAGAAGGAGGGGAAGUCCACCACCUAUGGAGGGAAGUUCUCAAGCAUCUUGAGAGUGUACAACGAACAGUUCACUUCACAGGGAGAAAAGAACAUCACUGGGGCCCGUUCUGCAGUCCUGGCUGGUCUCCCUUUGUUGUUACGAGAGGAUAGUUCUGAUGUCUUCAAAGUCUGCAAGGUUGGAGAACUCAGCAACCCUGGUAUUCUGGAUGGGGUUUCCAUUCUCUCAGUGGUGGCCCAGCACAAUGAGGUGGUGGUGGGUGGUGUACCCAUCAGACCAGCCCAUGUAUCCAUUGUCCUUGAGGAUAAGAUCGUCAUGACUAACUCCCGCUCCUGGCCAGAUGCUCUCGUGGUUGUGUUUGGCCUACUCUACUCCCUCCAUCUGAACUACCCCAAGGCCCUGGGCAGCACCUUUGAGUUCAUGCAGAAAGUCUUCCUGAACCUCGACGAUGGAAAGCUGAAGCCCAAGCUGUUAGCGCUGAAAAAUGAACUGUUGGCCUAAUUCUGUAGUGAUGAGCUGGAAUUUUACUUUCAGUGACCUCCUAUACAGUGGGGAGAACAAGUAUUUGAUACACUGCCGAUUUUGCAGGUU